AUGCUCGGAUGGAUGCUGGGGCGCGGGGAGAACGCGCCGGACGCGAUGGACACUGGCGAUACCGCUACUAUCGAGAUGCCAGAUACUCCUGCGCCCGUAUUUGCAGCCAGAGCGUUCAAAAGUGCGCUCUUCGGCACUCCCGUCCGAGAUGCGCAGCGAGCAUCGCGGGACAAGGCUAGAGCGGCGAAAUCGACAGCUUUCACAACGGAUCAAGGUUCGGAUACUCCACUGAAGCCGCAAGGGAUCCUAUUGACACCUGGCACGGGAGCUUCGAGGCGGAAACGCGUAUCAUUCAACCAUGAUCUUGCCACGACGAAGACCAUUUCCCCAAAUAACGAGGGGGUCGCCAUUAGCAAGCGAACUCGUUUGUCCGAUGUUCUCGAUAAAGCGAGGCGCAAAAGCACCACCAACGUUUCCAGACAGACAGAAACCUUUACUGCCAAAGACGGGUCGGACGAGUCGGACUGGGAGGAAGAAGAGCUUUACGAUGAAAAUGGCGAAUUCAACGGUCAAGAUCUCACAGUCGAUCUGAACGAGCCACACUCUCAAUCUGGAAAAUAUUGGAAAGAGCAAUUCGAAAAAUAUCACCAAGAAGCGCGGGCGGAAAUGGAGAAGCUACUAAAAUACAAGAAACACCUCAAAUCUUAUGCGGAGGAGAAAGAUUUAGAAGCCAUCCAGCUGGCGCAGAGACUCAAAGAAGAACAGGAAAAGGUGGUUGCCAUGGAGAAGAAGAUUACAGAAAACGCAAACUACAUGGUAUCAAAACAGAAAGGAGCCUCCAACAGUAGCGAGACCACAGAGUUACUAGCGACCCUAACAAAGCAAACUGCUCUUGCGGCUCAGUACCGGCAUAGAGUUCAGGAACUUGAGGCCCAGCUUGAAGAACUGCAUCAGGGGCGGGAAGACGACGAAGAAGCAAGGGAAUGGAGGCGGCUACAAGGUACGACUUCGCCCAAUACAGCAAAAACUAUAAUCGAAACUCAGCGAGAGUUGCGACGAUCUCGAGCGCAACUCAAGGAGCUGGACGCCCUACGCAGCCAAGUAUCCUCGCUCAAGGCUCAACUAAAGACCGCCGAGCAACGAAGGAUUCCAGAUUUUUCAACUACCGACGAUUUUAACGAGACGGCGAUCGUGAGAGAGCUCAAGGCACAGCUUAGGCAGGCAAAGGAAGAAUCAUCGAACAAAGAUGAUGAACUUCGCCAGUUGAAGAAGGAUUUUGACUUGUUUAAGAAGGAAAGCGAGGCUCACGAUGCAGAUACCAAGGCCGUUCUUGAGCGCGCUCAAACGAAGAUUUCGGAUCUCAAAAAAGAGCUCAAGACUCUCAAGGCCGGGAAAGCAGCUUCCACAGCCCAGCCUGAAGACAUAUUAUCAAGGCCCCCUGUGGCUACGAAUGGGGUCCGAAAGAGUAUCGACGUAGCAGACCUUGAAAGGCCCCGGCAACUCCCCGAGGCAAGCAGCUCCAAACUUCGCACCUUGCGAGACAAGUAUCGAAGGGAUGCCACGCCGAAGAGGGCAAUGAAGUCAAGAGACCCAGCUGAAGCCCUGGGCUACCAAUCGAACGACGAAAAACUCGUUUGGCAGCCAUUUGUAACGAGGUCGUCUACUAAGAGAAGAGCCUCCGUUAGUGGAGAAGCGCCAAAGAGAAGCCAAUUUGGCAGUGAAGCGCUUGCGUCUUCUGGCGAGGAGAACAUUGGACUCCUCAAAGUGCCUAGGCUAGCGAAACCCACAAUCCAUCCCAAGAGCUCAUCGUCAUCCGAUGACAUGGAGGCCGAGGUCGACCUUUUGCAAGAUCACUUUGCUCGCCUCGGCGGACCCGACGUGGGCAAAGGCAAACUCAAAGACGUAUCCAACGACAUUAAUAGCAAACGGUCGUUGCCACCGGAACGCCGAGCUGCCGCCCUUGCUCGGAUCGAGAAGAGAAUGGCCGAAAAGAGAGCCCGGCGACGGGACGGAACUGACAAGGAAAAUGUGAGGCCAUGAGAAGAUAAUGAGGCUCUGUUUAGGAGCCAUCUAAGCGUGUUCUAGUUGCUUUGAUUUAGGGAUCAGCGUGGUGUUUGCAAUAUUGUUUUUUUAGCAGCAAAGGGAGACGGUACGAAUAGGGUUUAUCACCAGCGAGAGCGAUUGUAAUAACGCAAAGCGGGACGCUCUCUUGUGAAUCUGUCACGGUGCUUGGAUUGAACUCUUUGUUUUUUUACCUGGGUUUUUGUAAUAUGCUCAUAUACCUAUUUGUAACUGGCUGGAAGAUGUUAGGACGUGGGUGUGAGCGUGUCUGUCUAUCUGGCAUAUCGCACGGGUCUAAUGCGCAAAUGAAUGACAAGCCAUGAUUUUG